UUCUAGAGCAACAAAAGCUGGAUCCGGCUGGUUGAGAUGGAAACGAAAGCCGGCAGGGAGACUAAGUUGGCGUGAGACGUCCAGAGAUCCACACACACAAAGCAAGGCAUUGGCUACAUAAAUAGUCACACACAGGUGGUCAUGAGGUGGGCGCUGAACUCCUCCUGAAAUUUAACGUUUGCCUGGUUGCUUCCAGCUCAUAGUUAGCUGACUAGAUGCAUGAAGGGUGACCGGUACAGGUGCACAUCAUGUCAGCAGUGACCUGUCAGCCUCCUCCUUUUGGUCCACUUGAGCGAGAGAAGCACAUCCAGGGCAUCUUCAGGGCUUUCAAGAAUCGAUGCGGGCCUUCCUGUGAGUGCCAGACUCAAGUGGAAGACACCGAGUCCCGCCAAGUGCUUCCUGAGGUGGAAUCUAAAAAACACAGUUCAGAUCUCAGGCCUCAUGGUGGGAUACGGGAAACGUGCAUGCAGCCACCACCACCGAAGACGCCCGAGGAGGUGGAGCAGGACCUUAAUGAUGAAGCAGGACUGCAGUUUUUGUCUGUGUUAGAGACAGUCAGGCAGAUACAUGUCACUGCAAGGCCCGACAUACGGGGUCCACAGUGUGUUUCCAGAAAGAUUUACAGCAUCACCACUGGAAGUAGCAAGUCACAGAUGUUUGUGGCUGUGGAGGAGAGCUCUUGUAUGUGCCUCCAUUUCUGUGGCCCGGCUCGGGCCUGCUCCCUGCAGGGGUUUGACUAUCAGGGGCAGCAGGUCUUUUACUUUGAAAGGCCCCUCAGGGUGGAUGCCUGCUGCUUGGGCUGCUGCCUGAUGGAGAUGAGGGCAUAUUCACCUAAGAAACAUCUCAUUGGCACUGUAUGCCAGAGGUGGAGCAUGUUUACCCCUCUCCUGGAGGUCUGCGGCCCACAAUUAGCCUCCAGAAUCCAAAUUCAGGGCCCCUGUUGCCCCUUCCGCUGCUUCUCCGACCAACAAUUUCAGAUUGUUUCCAACAUUGGAGAGCAAAUAGGUACAAUAUGGAAGAAGUGGCCUGGCUUCAGCAAUGAAUGUAACACGGAUCAUGAAUAUUUUGGCUUGGAGGUGCCGCAGAGCUUGGAGCCACAUACGAAACUCCUGCUUCUGGCAGCUACGUUCUUACUGAACCACAUGUUCUUUGAGAUGAGCUGAAAACCAAAAAAUAAGAAAGACACCUUAUGUAAGUCACCAGCUAUUUGGACAGCCAAGCUCCUCUGAUGGAAAAGACAAAGGCAGGAAGAAAACACUGGAUUCUUCUUCUACAGCUACUGUUUUGUUCCAGCUUUCAAUAGUGCAGAAAAAAACUGAGCCAGCCUUAGCAGCAGAUGCAUAU